UUCUGCAGAUUUACGUAUUCCUAAACUAACAACUUGUAUUAUAUUUACAGAGAAGAAUUCAGAAUCUUCAUAUGAGAAGUCAUAUUCUUCUGUACCAGUCCUUUAUAAAUUCGGACCUGCUGUUAAAGACCACAUGACCCCCGUUGAAGAUGAUGGCACAAGUGGCAAAAUUCAAAUGAGACAUUCCUUCAAAUACUUUGGCGAAAUUUACAGAGACCUCUUUGUCAAUAACAACGGAGCCAUUUCUUUUGAUGCCGAAGUCACCAAGUACACCCCAGAUCCUUUUCCCAUCGAGGAUAUCUGUAUCAUCACGCCAUACUGGGCAGAUUCGGACAAUGAAAUAGAAGGAAAAGUCUUUUACUCAGAGCGCACAGAUUCUGAAACUUUGGAGAGGAUAGAAAAAGAUAUGGCUCAUUACUUCCCUAAUUUAUACUUCAAACCAGUUUGGAGCUUUGUUGCAACUUGGUACAAAAUGGCUUACUAUGGAUCAGAAUCUGAUAAGACAAACACGUUUCAAGCGAUUCUCACCACCGACAAUCACAGGUCCAUCGUAAUGUUUAACUAUGGUGACAUGCAGUGGACAACAGGCACAGCCAGCGGUGGAGAUCCCUUGACAGGCCUUGGUGGUGUUCCUGCACAGGCUGGAUUCAAUACUAAAGGCAACCACUUCAGCAUUCCGGGCUCCCAGACCGAUCACAUCCUUAACGUCAAGACUAGUAGUAACGUGGAGACUCCCGGCCGAUGGAUAUUCCAAGUGGAUGAAUUCAAAAUGCCAGGAGGAUGCAUUUUCGAAGCCAGUUACAUGCAGUUCGGACAGUCUGUGUGGAGGGACGACACAUGCAGCACCAAAUGUAUCUGCAAACACGAUGGGACGAUGGAUUGCGACCCCAUGCCCUGUCCUGAGAACCUGAUUUGUGUUCCAUCAGGGAAACACUUCAUGUGCCAAAUCGACGAAGAAGACUGUUAGAUCCCAAUGUUGGGAAUAAGACGUGUAUUGAGUCGUUUUACCUGCUUGCUUUUCUUCCUUGCAGCCUGUCGGCUUUUUCUGUCCCUUCUCUCCGUCUCUGUCCGUCUCUGCACCCGGCUGGUUGGUUUGUCACAGUUUUGUAUCUGCUCAUAGAGAGUAUACUGUUGCACAUGAGUGAGCAAGGUGUGAAUGGUGAUACCUUUUAGCAAACACAUAUAAUAAAUCUUCACUUCAAAUACUUAUUGGGGGACAUGAUUUUCACAAGUUAUAAAAAUCCGGUAAACGUCUAUGACAGACUAAUGGGUUUGUCUCCUAAAAGGUAUCACCGACCAGCCCGGCUACUGCUUUCCUGGACCAAACUAUCAACAAACAGCUGCACACAGGAGAUAAAGUCGUCUGGGUUUAGUUGGUACCAUUGUGUGACAUCGAGAGUGACUUGUAAGCCAAGCCAAUAUUAGGUCAAAGCUCUAACAAGAUACCACCAUGGCAAUAUGAGUCAUUGUCAUAGAUCGUAGCCUCGUAUGAGCAGGGCCUUCAUCACCUCUCGUCUCAUAUAUUCUGUAUGUUAAUUACUUGUUCUCAAAUAUUCCCAUUUUAUAAUUGUACAGCGCUGCAGAACAUGUUGGCGCUAUAUAAAUUCUAUUAAUAAUAAUGAAUGAUUAUAAAGAGACUCCUUUUCAGUUAAUCUAAUUGUUCUUAUUGGCAAUUUUUCAUCGACUUUCAAGAAUGACAUUAUAAUGUAAGAACGCAGCCAGGAUACAGAUUUAAUUUGUCUUCUGACAGUUUAUAGACAGAUACGAUAGAUUUGCUAUUAUUCAGGUUAUUGAUUGAUCCUCGUCAUAGUUUCUAAGCGUGACAUCAUGCUUUCCUCAUUAAAUAUUGUUUUCCUUGAA